CCAUAGGCUCAUCGGGACCAGCACUGGAGAAAGCGCUGCCAACACUGCUCUGUGUGAUGGAGGACUGGCCUCUGCACAGAAUGUGCACCUCCGAUGGGGACAACAAGGACCUUUUUGCCCUGGCUGCAACUCUGGUGAUCUGGCUGAUUGUGCCUGAGUGCAACAAGGCCAUGAUCCCUUAUUCUGGGCGACUGUUUGUGGCUCUGCUCUUCCAUGUUGUCAUCACCACACAGCAGAUGCCACCAGAGGAAGUUGAUAACUUCUGGAGUGCAUGCCAGGAGAAACACCGCCUUCCCAGCAAGCCCAACAGGUUUGCAGUGCAGGCCAUGAAGGAUCUGCUCUGCCGAGUGCAGUGUGACCAUGUGGUGGUGGCUAUGGAGCGCAAGGGGUGCUGGGACAUGAUGCUGUGUGCUCACACCCAGCACUAUGCCGUGGGUCUGCUGGCCAGGGAGAUGCUCCGUGUUUUGAUCCCUUUGUGUUCUUGCAUCACACUCCACUUGCUCCGGCAGCUCAGCAGGGAGGAGCCGUGCUGGGAUCUGCCCUUCCUGGCAUUCCUUGUGGAGGUCCUCGAGCGCCUGAACUUGAGUAAAUGUGGUGGCAGCGUCAUGAAGAUCAUGUCAAGGUACCUCCAGAGUCAAUGCAGUCAGAGGCGUCGCCUGGCACUCAGAGGCCUCAUGGUGCCCAGCAAGGAUCUCUUGAUGGCCAGAAGAAUGUGCAGCGUGUCUCAAAGCCUUCUGCAGCUGCUGGGGGAUGAAGAUAGAGAGGUGGUCAGCAUGAGCCUCCAUGUGUUCACCAAUGUGCUCCAGCACAAAGACAUCCUGGUAUCCAGCACCACCGCCCCAAAGCUGGCUGAGGCACUCCUGCUGCUCUUUGACCACGACAACAGCCAUGUGCAGUUGCUCUCCAUUCAACUCUUCUGUAAGGUGAUGGACUUGGUAGUGGAUGAGGGAAAAAAGCCCCUGGAGACAAUUGUGAACAAGAGCCUGGACACACUUUUCAUCUACUGUCAUGAUGAGAACUGGCACGUGGCAAAGGCCUCUCGGGAAACGCUGCAUUGUGCAGCCAAGUUUCUGAAGAGGAGAAAGCUCAAGCAGCUGCUGGAGAAGGAGCAUCUGUGGAAGUUUGCUGAGGUCCUGCUGGCAGAGGACAGGAGCCGAGCGGCCGAGCACCUGCGCCGGGCCCAGCCCUACCUGCAGAGCCCACAGGAGCCCCUGCGAGAGGUGGCCGUCAGGUUCAUGGGGAUGGCCGAGCGGAGCUUGAGGGGGCAGCAGGGAAAGCUCCACGCCCUCAGUCAGGCCAUUCAAGCCCAGAGGAAAGGCACUAUAUCCCACUGGAGCAGGACUAUUCAUGCCCAGUUUACCAGCAGAGCUGAAGAAUUAAGUUCAUCUUCAGGAUCCAGUGAAUCAGUGUCCUAAGAACAGCACCAGAAGACACUGAGGAGGACACCAUCUCCCGCUGCCACUGGAGCUCCAGGCACAACUGAUGUUUGGCACAGCUGAGCCUGUAGGACGCUGGUGUGGCUUCAGCCCUCGCCCUGCCUGUAGAUAGCUCCCUCCCUCCAGCUCUCAGACCAUGUCCAUCCCCUUUUUUUCUCUUCCAGUUCAAACCUUUGUUUCCCCUUUCAUUAAUAAAUGGUUUGUCUUUUUC